AUGACGGGACUCUUCGGCUCUUCAGGCAUCCCGCUGCUAUGUCCACAUAUGUUGUCGCGCGCCAUUCACUCGUACCCGGCUGCCAUGUUAAGUCUUGCAGUGAAUGCGAGGGAAUCGCGCUCCUUCCUCAAGAGUUUGCUUCGCGUUCCCAAGAUGGCCCAGGCUUUAUUCCCAAAUCACCGCCGCAGCAUAGCACCGACAAUGGCGACUUGGGCCGCCAUCGCACGCAAGGCCGCAGAGACCACCGCAGAGGCCCUUGAAGAGGGCGUCAAAUUCUCGUGGGCGGAGAACGAAGCCAACAAAGUCACCGCCGCCACCUUGGAGGAAUUUGGUCCUCCUCUUUCCUACGACACCGACAGUGACAACGACUGUGAGCCCAAGGUUAAGACUGAGCUCAACGCUAGCCACAACAACAACAAUAUCAUCAUGGCAGCUGAAGAAAACAUCGUGGUUGCCCCCGAGGUGCCCGUUCAGAACUCGGCCGGCACCGCUCCCGGUCCUGCUCCCAACGAGGGUGCCUCGUCCUCGUCUGCCGCUCCUUCCGCCGGAGCUUCCAUGUCCAGGGUUGAAGAGUUCAAACUGGCUCUUGGUGACUUCGGCACUCAACUUGGUCUGAUGGUCCGCCUCAAAGGCGUGGCCCCAGAGAACGUUGACGAGUGUGUCAACAACAUCAUCGAAAAGAGCCUUGAUGAUAUCAUCGCUGUCAAGGGCAAGGAGGCCCAGAAGAACGGGAAGGCCCAGGGACCGGACGCCGCCGACAACAAGACAAUUUCGGCUCCUGCCCAGCAGGACGGAAAUGAUCCGAAGGGCAAAGGUAAAGCUGUCGAAACCACUGACGCCUUCACUGGCAUCAUGGAAGGCUACAAGCUCUCUGCUGCCCCGCAGCUGCCCAACAGCGAGCCUCACCCUUCGAGGCUCACCGUGGAAGAGCGCAGAGCCCAGGUUCAGUGGGCCGUGCAGUCUGCUCUUGAUCUUCGCCGUCUCCAGAAACUCUCGCUUACCCAGGACACGGCCGACGUCAUCAUGUUCUUCACAAAGCCCGAUGAGGUCACUGGAGAGACUGAGAUUCCGGUUCAUCGCGAGCUGCUCAUCAGAGAAUCGACUUGGUUUAGUCGUCCGGGCGGCCUGCCUCCCCCGAACAAGGUCGACGAGUGCGAGAGAAAUGCUGGCUCGCCCUUCCACCUUACCCAUAUCCAAUGCAACGUAAACCAGUACGUUCUUGCUGUCGCCUACGGCAUGACUCGCCAGCAGCAAUAUCAUCUCAACAAGGUUCAGGAGCACGUCGAAUGGCUCAGGGAGCACGUCUCUCACAACGGGCCUCUGUGCAACAUGGUGCUCACCACUGGCAUUGAGAUCGGAUGGUGCGAGGUGCCGCUUCGUCACUGCAACACGUGCCUCUGGAAGGAAGUCAUCCCGGAGUACCGCGCGGGUCUGCGCCGGAUGCACGUUCUCAUUGCCCGGCUCAAUCUGAUCAUCGUGCCGUGGAUGAACCGCCAGCCUUGCGUCAAGCCAUUCGUCGACAUGUUCUGGAUCACGCAGCAGUAUGGCAGGUUCCCGUGGAGGGCUUGGGUUUGGCACCUUCGCUCGCUCGGUACCAUUCGGGAGAGCGACUGUGACAAUUGGUCCCUUCUCGGCAAACAGAUGAGCCAGGCCGAAAUCGCCAGGACUCUCAAGCCCUAUCAUUUCGUCUGA